AUGCAAUCGACCAGCCCAGAAGAAUCGGCUUCUGAAUCGCCUGCCCAGACAUUUUUCACUCCAGGGGACAGGCAAUAUUCCUUGCUCAAGAAAGAGACCAUGUCUACUCAAUCUAGCGUUACGGUUUCAGACUCGGGACUUUCUUACCCGUCAAUCUUCCAACUUAACCUGGAGAUUCCCGCAUUUUUCGUGUCGUAUCGUUGGUGGGAAGACGAGGCGACAACUAUGUUCUGGGCAUUCGACAUCCAAGAAAUCAGCCGUGUCAUCCAAUUCGGACUCUUUCGCGACGAAAAUUUCCCGAGGACUUCGCUUUGCGCUCGAAAUGUGGACACCAUAGACACAUUUUUGAUCGCCCUGUCCGAGCCCCACGAGUACCAACUCCUUGGGAAUCUUUCCCAUAUACAGAGGGUGGAGGAGAUUCUGCGCCGGUCGAGUAUCUCUCCUUUCCAACCGAUUCCUUGGAGUUGGCUACCACCACAAUCAAGCCCCACACUAGAUGCGCGGGCAAUCGCUGCAGCAAUUGAGGCCGAGAGCCAUUUUCACUUCAGACAGAUUGCAUUUGAAGAGUUUGUACGCGCUGCUCUUGGAUACAAUGCUAUCUUCGUCGAGUGGUUCCUGAAGCAGCAUACGGCUCUUUUUAUUAUUCUCUUGGACCAUUUGGGCGCUUAUCCGGAGGACAUUCCUCUAUACACAGAAGUGGAAAAACAUCUUCGGUCGCGGAGUCCAUUCGCACACCGAGCGCUGGUCCAGUGCCUUCUGGCUGUGCGACCUGGCGGGAAUCGUGACGUGCCAAAAAAAAGCACCGCUGGGUUUGAAUUCAUUGCAGGACCUAUUCAGGCCUUGUUCAAGGACCAGCCAGGAAGGCUUAGUGCUAUGCUCAAGAUGUUAAGCGUUUUGGCAAUCCGAUUUCGUCGACAGUAUAUCCACGCUCCUGCCAUGGACUGGAAAACUCCAUUUGAUACCUCUAUCCCUUUCCUGGACGAUUAUCUUGAAUCUACAUCCCCGACAGACUUGGCCCGCAGCAUGAGGGGCCUGGAUGAGCACCACUUUGCUGAGUUAACCCGGCAAAGCCUGGUAACAGAGGACGUCCUCGUGGGACAAUUGCAGUUUCGUUGGCGCGUACUAAGUACUUCUGUCUGGGAAUGCUGCGCUGCACUACCAGACCUGGUUCCAUAUCUACAGGAAUGUGCACAGUCCCUCUUAGCAACACGUAAUUACCAUUCCUUUACAGCUAUCAUCAAAGGCUUGCACACCUAUACAAUUUUGACAAUGCGCACCACCACUACAAGCACCGCCCAAGGAAACAUGGUUACGCUCGAGGCUCUUCUUCCACAGGAAACCCUCUCCCUCAUGAACCCCGCUCAGAACUUUACCGCUUACCGCCAACACUACCAAAAAUUCCCCGGCAUUCCCUUCCUCGUGCCUCACCUCCACGACCAUAAACAGAACGGUGAAUCUGCUCUUCAGCCGGUUUUACAGUACUUACAAAGCGCCCAAUAA